UAAGCAGAAUAUCUAGCCAAUCAACUACCUAUAUUUUGUUGCCUAGGCGUCGAGCUCCUAACAAAUUCGGAAUCUUCCUGCUAACUCUAUAAUCGUCUAUGAACAGUAUUUUCAGGUUAUGUUCAUUUUAGUCGGUGAUUUGCAAUGGCUCAAAUAAUUCUUUGCGAUUCAACCGAAGUUUACAAUAUACUGAAUCAAUAUUGCCCUGUGUCUAGACUUGCCGAGCCCAACUAUCUUUGCUUAAUAGAUGCUCGUUCAAAAGAGGAAUACAAUGAAAGCCAUAUCAUCACUGCCAGAAAGGCAAAACUGGACACCGAGGGCAAGUUUUUAAUUCCUGCUGAUGUGGAGAUUGAGUGUAUGAGAUAUUGUGUUGUCUAUGACAGUAGCACUAGUUUUUUGCUCGGUUCAGGUCCAGCUAUGGACUGUGCUGAAGUUCUGGCAAAAUCGUGCUUCUGUCCGGUCUGGAUUCUGAAGGGGGGGUAUGAGUUGUUUUCGGCACUUUACCCUUUCAUGAGAACACAGAAGAUCUUAUACACUAUACUGGAACUAGAGAGCCUUAUGCCGUACCCUGUGGAAAUUCUCCCAGGCCAGCUGUACAUGGGAGAUUACAGGCAGGCUACCAGUCUGCAAAUCCAUAAAGAUCUCAAACUGAGUGCCAUUGUCAACGUCUCAGAAGAGAUGAGCGAAAUAUUUGAAACAUGCCACUGCAGAGUGCUACACAUUCCUGUGGCAGAUUCUGCAGAAGCCAAUCUCAUUGGCUCUUUCGAGAGGGUGUGUAUAUUUAUUGGCUCCUACAUCAAUGCUGGCUCAUCAGUGUUGAUAUUUUCGAGUCGCGGUGUAAGCCGCUGCAGUGCUGUAACGAUGGCCUUCCUUCUGCACCAGAUGAAAUUUACCCUGAAGGAGGCCUGGGCACUUGUGCUAAGAUGCAAAACCAACAUGAGACCAAACCGGGGGUUUGUGCAGCAGCUGUCUGACUGGGAGCUCUGCACACUUGGAGUGAGGAAAACCAGCAUCGCAGAGCCAAACUACUGAGAAUCUAUCAUCAGGGUUAGGCGCAACAGUCACCAUAGUGUACUAAGUACUUCACUGAAGGCUAGUGAGAUUUUAUUAUUAUUUUCAAAUGAAAUUAUAGUUUAUUUAGAUAAUAAGCUGAGGCCACAAAUGUUAAUACACCCUCUCUUAUUUCAUUAGAUAAUUGUAUUAUUUUAUUUUCAGUUACAUUUAAAUAAGUAAUCAUUGUACGGUUUGAUUUUAAGAGAUUAUUUAAGUUAUUGUUGUAUUGUCUGGUGUAUGAGCAUAUUUUCUGCUGUGAUUAAUUCUUGUUUUCUGCUAAGUUACCUGAGGGCUAUUCCACAAAGCAGGAUUUCUCAGUUAGCUGGGUUAACUUAAGCUAGAAGUCAUGACUAUCAAAUUGGAAUGUUCCUUACCUAAAAUCUUAUUGCACAAUCAUGACUUCUAUCUUAAGUUGACCCAGCUAACUGAGAAAUCCUGCUUUGUGGAACACCCCCUAGUGGUUGGGGAGGUCCUGUCCUGCAGCAAACGAGGGUGUGGCUGACAGUCCAGGGUAAGAGAGCACCUGAGACUUCUGCUGAUUGGAAGAGCCCAAGUGGUUGCCAAGCGAGGGAGACUUUAUUGUAAUUAGUCCUUUUGUGGGUUAAUGUUAAUAGUCAUGUUUAUGUGUGUAUCCCCCCUUUUGUGUGUAAAUGGAUUGGCCGGGUCUCUGUGUGUCCCCUCAUGGCUGUAUUUGGGGGGAUGGGCAGUCGGGGGUUCAUUUUGUUUGAGUUGUUUCUUUGUUUAUUAGUGUAUAUUAAGUUUGCCCUUCUUUUUUUCGGAACUAGUUUUUCGUUAUGAUUUGAUAUUUGACAUUUACCCAUAUUAUUUUGAGUAAUAAAACUCUGUUUCUUUAGUAA